AUGUCUAUGAAGGUACCACAAUCUGGGAUCCAAGUGGCUCAAAGGAUAAACAAGCUUUCACAAAGAUUAAUUGAUGUCAGUGAAAAAUGGAAACCUAUUACCCUAAAGGGUAUUCAAACUCCAGUAGGGAAAAUAAAUCUAGUCAAGAAUAGACCCGAGUCUAUGUAUAUUUUAUCGAUGUUUCCUUAUCCAUCAGGAAUGCUUCAUAUGGGCCACCUAAGAGUGUACGUUAUCAGUGAUACUUUGAAUAGAUUUUAUCAACAAAGAGGUCAUGACGUCAUACAUCCUAUGGGUUGGGAUGCCUUUGGGUUACCAGCAGAAAACGCUGCAAUUGAAAGAGGAAUCAAUCCUAAAGUUUGGACUGAGGAAAACAUCGAGAAAAUGAAGAAACAAAUGAAUAAUAUGUUAGCCAAUUUUUCUUGGGAAAGAGAAUUAAAAACUUGUGACCCAGACUAUUAUAAAUUCAAUCAAUGGAUUUUUUUAAAAAUGUUCGAGAAAGGGCUUGCUUAUAGAAAGGAAGCUGAAAUUAACUGGGAUCCAAUCGACAAAACAGUCUUAGCAAAUGAACAAGUUGAUGCAAAAGGUCGUUCUUGGAGGUCUGGUGCCAUUGUUGAAAAGAAAAUGUUAAAUCAAUGGUUUUUAAAGAUUACUGACUAUACACAAGAUUUACUUCAAGAUAUGAAUAUUUUGAAGAAAUGGCCAGAUAAAGUUAAAACAAUGCAACACCAUUGGAUCGGGAAAUCAAAAGGGGCAAGAAUAACUUUCGAAACUAAUUGUGAGGAAUUCAAAACAUUUUCUGUAUAUACGACAAGGGCAGAAACAAUAUCGGUGGUUCAAUUCAUUGGACUAUCAUAUGAUCACCCUAUUGUAACCAAAUUUGCAAAGACUAAUCAGGAUCUACAGAAAUAUAUAGAUGGUAUCCGUGAUCUUCCUGAUGAUUCAAAGUCUGGCUUUAGAAUUCCAGGGAUAAUGGCAAUUAAUCCGUGGACGAAGAAAGAAAUUCCAAUUUUUGUAGCACCAUAUGUCAUUCCAUCAUACGCUAAUGAGGAAGGCACAAAAGGUGCGGCAGUUAUGGGGGUUCCUGGACACGAUAGCCGUGAUUUUGUGUUUAGUAACGAAAACCUACCAGAUGAACCAAUUAAUACAUGUGUCAAACCAAUUUCAACAAUGUUUUUAAAUAGUACACCGGUUCCAUUUACUGAGAAAAUUGGAUAUAUGGAAGAUAAUACUGGAGGAAUGGCAGGAAUGGUUACUAAUGAAGCUAGAAAAAAAAUGGUAGACCAAAUGGUGGAAGAUGGUAUUGCUAAGAAGAUUGAUCAAUAUAGACUUAGAGACUGGUUAAUUAGUAGACAAAGAUAUUGGGGGACCCCUAUACCUAUUAUACACUGUGACUCGUGUGGCCCUGUUCCCGUACCCGAGAAAGAUUUACCGGUGGUAUUACCUGAUGUCCACGAAAUCCCCACAAGAGGUGGAAACCCAUUGGCCCAUAUUCAUGAUUUUGUUGAUGUGAAGUGUCCAAGUUGCGGUGGGGAUGCUAAAAGAGAAACCGAUACUAUGGAUACAUUUAUGGAUAGCUCUUGGUAUUAUUUUAGGUAUCUUGAUAAUAAAAAUAAAUCUUUACCAUUCGCAUACGACAAGGCUUCCAAGAAUAUGCCUGUUGAAAUAUAUGUUGGAGGUGUGGAACAUGCUAUUCUACAUCUGUUAUAUUCAAGGUUUGUCAGCAAAUUCCUAGGUUCGAUUAAUAUGUGGGACGGUAAGAAUUGCCACUAUGAACCGUUCAAUCAAUUAGUGACACAAGGUAUGGUACAUGGUAAAACAUUUGUUGAUCCUAAAACAGGUAAAUUCUUAAAACCAGAUGAACUUGAGAAUGCAGGUGAUAAAAUGAUUAUUAAAGAUACGGGUGAGACACCCGACAUCUCCUAUGAGAAGAUGUCAAAAUCUAAAUACAAUGGUGCAGAUCCCGAUGAAUGUAUCACUCACCAUGGACCUGACGCAACGAGGGCGCAUAUUUUAUUUCAAGCACCAGUACAUGAUGUUCUGAGUUGGGACGAGUCUAAAAUCAUUGGAAUCGAGCGUUGGUUACAAAGAAUUAUAUCAAUUACAGGUAAGAUAAGCGAGUUUAAGCAAUUCGAAGCCAGCUAUAAAACACCUGUCGAAGAUGAAUUGAAUGAAUUCGAAGUAGAAUUUCAUAAUGAGAUGCAACGUUACGUGAGGAGCAUAACCGAAUCUUUCGAGAGAUGCCAACAUCUGAACACAGUUAUAUCUGAUUAUAUGAAAGCCACACAUUUAAUUGAUAAGGCGUCGAUGAAUAGAAAGGUAAGAGAUGACAUGAUUAUGUUUAACUUACAAAAAUUAAUUUCAUUAAUCUACCCUGUCACACCUUCCAUAUCAGAGGAAAUGGCAUCCACAAUAAAAGAAAAACAACCAGGUCUAGCAAGCUGGAACCACUAUCAAUGGCCGAUGAAAGAACGCAUGACUGAAUGGCCCUUCAAACAUUAUCAAGUAGUUAUUAACGGUAGAACUAAAUUUAAGUUCGUAGCUGAAAAAAAUUUGUUUAAGAAGGGAAUGGAUUAUGUUUAUGAAUAUCUAAUUAAAGACCCUGUCGGAAGGCCGUAUCUGGUAAAUAGAACUUACGACAAGAUGAUCUUGAAAUACAACAUUGUUAGUUUUGUAUUCAAGAAACCCAAGAAAAAUAAAGGACAUGUAAAUAUCGACUAA